GCAAAAAAGGAAGAAUGAGAAAAAAAAUGCUCGUUUUGGGCAUCAUUUUUCAUGCUAGUUUAGUUCCAUGAUUGCAUCAUUUUCUUUGUAAAUCAUAAUUUUCAAUUGUGAUGAAUAUUUCAGCUGUUUGCAAUUCAAUUUGGGCUUACGCAUUCAAUUAUGUCUGAAAAUCCAGUUCAAAAGGCAAAUCCAUCUAGAGAAACUAGCAUAAAAAAAAGCAUUUGUUUAUUUGCGCCACAUUUGAGGUUGUGUACACUUCAUGCGGCGAUCUGUCAAAAAUCAGUCGGUUGUCAUUGGAAAAACGCGCGCGUUUGCACAUCUGUUUAUGUCGUAUUGUGACGAAAGACUCAUUAGUGAUACAAUUCUGGAGUUUUAUUUCUGCUGUAGCUAAGGGAAAAAUGUCAAUACACUUGAAAUUGGACAAUGCUGAUUUCGAUCAGCCCAAAGAGAAUCACGUCCAAUUGCAAUUCAUUCCAGCGAGCGUUGAAGAAUCGGCCAUCGCAAAUGUUGAUCAGUACUUCAACAACUACACAACUGAAGUCGAUGGAUUUCUCAAGAAUUCGCUGCGUGGUUUCCCGUUGAAUGGGUGUCAAUUCCAAGUGCCAGAAUCGCAUCGGGGCAUUGUUUUCCAAGAGGAUCAACGACCACUGGACGAAAAUGCUGAGCGUACGUUCAAAGUGAGUGGCAUCUUCAAUGAGUUCACCUACUGGAAUUAUGACAAAGUACCGUCGGACAACGAUAAACUAAAGCAAGCGCUCGACUGGAACAAUUUUAGCAAAGCGUUGCAUACUCCAAUCACCCCAGAAGAAUAUGAAGCCGAACAAGUGAAAUCAUAAACAUUCCAUCAUCUUCUGUCCAAGCUAACUUUACCACAACUCAUCUAAAAUCGAUAGUUUUAAGUUCAUUCUCAAUAAAUUAAGAAAAAAAAUCCCCACAUAGAUCCCAAAAUGUUUGAAUUAACAAAAAUGCCAAUAAAGAAAAGAAAAAAAAAAAUUCAAAAUCAAA